AUGUCUCAGCGUUGUUUGCCAUUCGUGAGGUCCGUUUGGGAGUCCUUUAGGGCGAAUUCGGGGUUGGAACCGAGGUAUCUCCGCAUAACCUCCGCCCGCCCAGGCACCGUCAACUUCGAACUCGACAUCCGCAAAGAACACACGAACCGCCUCGCGAUCCUGCACGGCGGCACCAUCGCCUCCAUGGUCGACCUGGGCGGCUCGCUGGCCGUCGCGUCGCGCGGCCUCUUCGCCACGGGCGUGUCCACGGAUUUGAACGUGACGUAUUUGAAUUCCGGGGGGAAGGUCGGGGAUACGAUCAGGGCGGAGGUCGUUUGUGAUAAGUUUGGCAAGACGCUCGCAUACACGAGCAUCAAGUUUACGAAUGCGAGCGAUGAGUUGGUGGCGAGGGGGAGUCAUACCAAGUAUGUGAGUUUUGCGUGGAAGGAUGCGAAUAAUAUUGUGGAGGAGUUGAGUCCCAAGGGAGGCGAGUCGAAAUAG